AUGACGUCAGCAACUAACAGAAAAAAUUCAGAGGCAGUUAACAGUUACAGAAGCAGCUUCUGGAACCUCAUUCUCCAACAACCUUCGUUUCCACUUUCAAUCACCCAACUCAACUACCACAAAGAACCCGCGAAUCAAUCAAUGGAGGCCAAGUUGUUGAGUGCUUCUUCUCCACCUUCGUUUGCUGUUCCUGGAGCAACCAAGUUUUCAAGACCCACUAGUGUUGUUUUAACUUCACCAACCAGAGAAUUCCCCAUCUUUAAGCUCCAAUGCCCUGCAAGAUUGUCCAAGAAAGCAAUCCAAUCUGUUCAUGCUCCCUCCAACUCUAUUGAAACGGUAACAAAGCAAAGGGUGGAUGUGAGCGAGAAUUUGACCCUCGAGGCCGUGAGGUACUCGUUAAUUCGACAAGAGGACAGCAUAAUCUUUAGCCUUCUGGAGAGAGCUCAAUACUGUCGUAAUCAGAGUACAUAUGACCCUGCUUCCUUCUCAAUGGAAGGUUUCCAUGGCUCUUUGGUCGAGUAUAUGCUUAGAGAAACCGAAAAGCUUCAUGCCCAGGUUGGCAGAUACAAUAGCCCGGACGAGCAUCCAUUCUUCCAGGAUGAAUUACCUGACCCCUUGUUACCACCUUUGACAUAUCCUCAGGUAAAAUGA